ACAAAAAUUUGCAGAUCCAAUUUGAACACAACGUCUUCACUCUUUUCCCUCCUCAUCUGCAACCCAUCCUCACCACCGUCCCCUCUAAUCCAAACUGAGACACAAAUAAAGAACACAAGGUCUUCGCUCUUUGAAAGCUACCGGCAACUUGUACUGACUCGACUCACUUUACAUUUCCAACCAUGAAGUUCCUUUUCCUUUCCUUGGCUCUGCUUGGCCCAGCCAGUGCUGUCACUCGUGAAGAAUGCAAGACCGAUUAUUUGCCUCCACUGCUUGCCUGUAUUGAUUCCUUCGCGGGGAAAGGCACCCCUGACUGCAGCUUGCUACCAAUCCCAGAUUUUGCAAUGCCGCAGAACGAAGCCAACGAAAUGGGCUAUUGGGUGCAACAGCUCCGCGACACGCCCACCUCUCAUGUCUUUGCCGUGAGCGAGAAUGCCUACAAUGCUUUGAUUCUGGUAGAUGUGCCUCCCACGGAUGAUGCGGUGGAAACCAGCAGAGGUGGAAGGAGGAACUUGAAGGGAGGCAGAAAGCUGGAGGAAAUGGAAGAGCCCGAAUUGAUGGACGCACCUGUAGAAUCGUCGGGUGAUGUCGACGUGGACGUUCCGGAUGGAAUCACUGUGGCGUUUGUGGACUUCCCGCCAACGUUUGCCACUGAAGGUGGCUCUUUUCUCAUGAGUGCCAUGAACGAUAUCCUCGAAAUGCUCGAGGCCACGCUUGACGAUGUUGCCAAAGUUGAAAUGAUCUACUCGCACGGGCAUAACGAUCACAUCGGACUCGCGAAUGCCACCUUUGGACACUUGGUUGAGUUGGGUUUUGAUCCUGCAAGCAUCCCCAUCAUUGCUCCUGAAGGAGUUCUGGAGCACUUUGAACACGCGAUUGAAACAGGUUUCUUCACGUACAGUGCUCCUUUGCCAACCAAGACUUUUACUGGCUUUAUGGAAUACACGGUGGGACAGUCCACACCUUUGACCAUGACAACCUUUGACGGUCACCAGUUUGGAGAUAAGGAUGUCAUUCUUUUCAUGGAGGCAUUGGAUACCGAAAACCCGGCGAUCAUGAUGGUUGUGGAUGUCGUUUUCCCCAAGUGGGUUCCGUUCUUUUCCUUUGCCCUUUCCACUGAUUUGUUGCAGUACAUUGCAGCCCAUGACACGUUGCUUGAGUUUCCUCUCGGUGAUGAUGGUUAUUUCGUGGGCGGUCACUUGAACCAAAUUGGAGAUCGUAAUGAUAUACUUCUCAAUCAGAACUUGACUCAAGCGAUCGUCGAGGCAGGAGCUCUUGCCCUACAAACGGUGGAUGCUGGUGCCAUUGUGGGAGGCACGGGUGCCUUUACUCCAGGAACUCCCAACUAUGGCAAUUCCUGGGCUGGCUUUGGAGCCUACUUUGACGAGCUGGAACGUGUCUGCGCCAGAGCUGUGUUGGAGGAAUACGGGUGCGAUUUUGGAGGCCUUGACGUGACGCUCUAUUCAAGCUGCCGCAUGGCUCAGUCGUUCUGGCGCCUCGAGGUUUAAUUUUUAAUUUGAUUGCUUGCUUUGCAGCAGGAGGGAAUGCAAUCAGCGUCGCUAUUCCUUCCAAUGAGUCGAGUCUGCCUGGAGAUCGAGAGAUGCCACUCAAAAUUGAAAUUGAUGUAGAACAACCAAAAAUACUAAUUUAUGUAAAACAGUGCAUAGCCUCUAUGCUA